CGUUGUCUUGCGUUGAUGUCAACCAGCCAGACUCUGGUUUGUGCAGCCAGGAAUAUGGGCUGAUCUUCAGAUUGAGUUAAUGCUUGAAAGCACAGCAGGAGAGCUUAGUCCUAGUCCUGUAUACGCUUCUCUAACACACCUGGUCAUAAGAAUACCAUCAUAAGAGUCUAUAGCACACUGUUCCUCAGCAUUUUGACAGAGUUUGGACAAGAUUUUACUGAUGGUUUCUUUGGCACGACAUCCUUUUCGGAUCGGUACUGCUUACCCAGAAGCAGGCCAAAAGCCCACUCUCGUGUAAUAAGUAUGAGAAGCUUAACAUGUGCGUUGAUCAGACUUAUGGAAAUGAAUCGAGUCCUUGAGUCAGGCGAAUUGAUGUAGUUGCAGUCUUCAUCUUCUCAUGAUAAUGCCCCUGGAUCUGCCAUCUUCAGUUUGUGCCCUUGUUCAGAAAGACGUUUGGCCGUGAGUGGCGAGGUUCGCUUGUUGUACACUACCGGUCAAAUGUUUGGAGACGCGCGACUGAAAUGUAUCUCGUGAUCUUAAAAAGCUUUUGAUCUGAAGGUGUAUGAUUAAAUGUUUGAAAUCGGUGUCGUAGACACAAAUAUAAUCGUGCUGACUCAUUCAUGUCUUUCAUUAGAAAACUAACAUUUUAUUUACAAAAAAAAUCUUUUUAAACGGACGACUCGGAGAGAAAUAUUCCGAUAAGCAUCCAGCGUAGGUGGGAACUCCUUUAAUACUGUUUAAAAUGCAUCUCGGGGAAAUUCCUCAAGAAAUCGGUUGAGAAAAUGCCAAGAAUACAUUUCUGGAAAUUCUAGGCAAAAAGGGUGUCUACUAUGAAGAUGCUAAAAUACUAAAUUAUUUUGAUUUAGUUUGAUUUUUUUUUUUUAAUCACAACCUAAUUCCCGUAGUUCCACUUAUGUUAUUCCAGAGUCUUGACAUUAUUAUUAAUAUUCUAAAAUGUGGGAAGGAAAUAAAAAUAAAGAAUGAGUGUCUAAACUUUUGACCGGUAGUGUACGUGUAGACCUUAUGUGCAUGUGAUGAGCCGUCUUCAGGUGUUUUAUAUAUGCGAGUUAUACAGCCGUUUUGCUCAUUGUAGAAAUAUUGUGUCUCAUCCGUUCAAGCUCCUUAAUAUAACUAUUUAACGCACAUCCUACGAACAGCGAGGCCAUGUCCUGAGUGCACAUACGUAGUGCGGCAGGAUUCGGAAAAGAGUACAGAGCACCACGUCAUCAAGAAAUGCAUGAACCAGUUGGGCCACACCAAAUGAAAAGUUGUCGUUAGCGAACGUCGGCAGUCUUUUUCUGGGUGUCGGACGAGUGAAGUUUUGGAAUUCGGUCGAAGUGUGACUGAUGAAGUGAAUCAGAAGGUGUGUUUCCCUCAGAAUCAAAUGUGUGCCUUAUGCGCUUAGAGUCCUGUUUGAGAAGCCACUCUUGGCACAGAUUAUCGGAGACGCCUCUAAAUUUGUCCAUUUGUAAUUCUUCCUGCGCGACUGUCGGAAUCGUUCUCCACAGGCAAAAUACACCGUGAUCGUACACUCAGUCAGGAUUCAGGAUCCGCUUUAUCACAUGACUACUCGUGUCACAUCGUGGGACUACUCCGUUAGGGGUUUUUUUUUAUACGUUCGUUUGUUUUACACGCAUGCUUAUAACGGCACGCUUUACUACACUGCUUCAGUCAUUAAAAUGAACACAACUGCUCUUUGGUGCUUCAUUAUGGACACUAUUUUCCUUAUUAAUAAUAAAAGUUUAGCAGAUUAUUCACAAAACAUGUUCCAGCAGGACGUCACCCAACAUGUCGGGCGUGUUUUCCUACCCCACCUUCAAGAAGUACAUCAUACAUACUGUGUCUUAUCACACACGGUUCACACAAAAAUCUCUGAUUUUUAAUUAGCUCUGGUCUUUGAGUUUUACCGAGUCUGGUUUUGCAGACACGUGACUUUAAACGGACUCGUUCGGUCGCCUCGGUCUGGCCUUGCCUGAUCUUGUUUAGCUUUUUAGGAGUGUCAGUUUCUCAAAAACUUGAUUUGAUGGCUUCGGUCAUACCGGAUUACAUACAGGAGCUCAAGUUCUUUGUGAUUCGUCAUAAAGCAACCCGCUGUCAGCGUUCGGUGCUGUUUGAAACACUGCGGCUUCCACACUUCUGCAGAACACAGCCGCUGAACACGGCAUUACUCAUGCGAGUGUAAAACAAGGGCAGGCUUGAGUCUGACUCGCCUCGAACCACUCCUCCGGUGUAGCCCGUGUGGAUUGAAACCUGCUCUCACAGGUGUCCAGAAAUGCUUCAGAAGCAUGUUCAGACUUUGAGUUUUCUUUUUGAAAAUGAAGCCUGCCUGAUUUUUUUUUAACAUUUAUUUAUUUAUUUAUUUUCAGCAAGACCAAAUAUACUUGAGCGGGCCUCACUUACGCCUUGGCGCUUCACCACAGUAGCUCCUGUGUGUGGUCUGACUUCAGAGCAGCGACAGAGCUGCCUUUCUGCGAAAUGAAAUCAUACAGACCCACACAACUAUGAUAAUUAUUUAUGAUAUACAUUACAGCAAAGUGAAAUUCUUUAUCUUCGCAUACCCCAGAAUGUCAGGAAGCUGGGGUCAGAGCGCAGGUUCAGCCAUGAUACAGCGCCUCUGGAGCAGAGAGGGUUAAGGGCCUUUUUCAAGGGCACUGGCAGAGCCUUAACUGCCAAGCCACCACUGCCCUCAAUACUGCCCUAGAUACAGUCUAGAUUAGGGACCUCCGAUCCAGCAGUGCCCAGAACACCCGGUACAUCCUUUCAUGUGUGAAUUUAUACGGCAGAGAACAACUGCAUUCUUAUUUGUUAGAAGGUGCCGUCAAAUUCCAGGGCCCCAGGGUCCCAGACCCAAAAAAUGAGAAGCUUUCAGACUUCAUGAAAUUCCACAGUGUGUUUUAAGAGAACAUCUGCAUUUCUUGUUCUAUCUAAAACCUGUCACUUUUCUUCAGUCGACUUCCUGCGGUUGAUUUGUGCUGAUGAUUGCUUUCUUUCCUUUUCACUCUCGUUGCAGAGUCAUCACGUUUCUUAGCCCACUUCCUUUUUUUUUUUAAUUUUAUUUUUUUACAGUCCCUCUUGUAAAACUGUAAACGUGGUGCUGCAAGUUCUAAGACAGAGUCAAUGUUUUGUAACGAAGCAACGCCAGCUGACAAGGAACAAGCAGAGGAAUUAUGAGUACGGCCAAGCCCAGCGGGCUCAAAGCCCCCAGCAAGAUCAGUAAACCAGCUGGGACCGGGACCACGAAGACAUCCCCGUCAACUGCUGCUAAAGCAGUUCCAGGUGACAAAGCGUCAUCUGAAAACCAGGACGCAGCUGAAGAGUUUAAAGUCGGGGACCGAGUGUGGGUGAAUGGGAACAAGGCAGGCUGCGUUCAGUUCCUGGGAGAGACCCAGUUCGCCCCGGGACAAUGGGCCGGCAUUGUGUUGGACGAGCCAAUAGGAAAAAACGAUGGUUCGGUGGCAGGAGUGCGCUACUUUCAAUCCGAGCCGUUGAGGGGUAUUUUUACAAGACCUUCCAAGCUUUCUAGGACUGAGGGUGAAGCUAAUGGAACGACAACAGCGCCUGCAUCUCCAACACCCUCCACGACGGCACCACAGACGGCACCACAGACGGCACCAGCAGCCGCUCCAGCAGCCAGCGCAGAAACCAACAAAUCUACCAAUCCCGCCUCGAACCUGACUUGCUCUAAUUCCGAAUCUGUGUCCAACCUAUCAGAGGCAGGCUCAGUGAAGAAAGGAGAACGGGAGCUGAAGAUGGGCGAUCGUGUCCUGGUUGGUGGUACAAAAGCUGGUGUAGUACGCUUCUUAGGGGAAACAGAUUUUGCCAAAGGCGAGUGGUGUGGAGUCGAGCUGGAUGAGCCAUUAGGGAAAAACGAUGGUGCAGUGGCUGGAACCAGGUACUUCCAGUGUCAGCCCAAGUACGGCCUUUUUGCCCCAGUGCACAAAGUGACGCGCAUCGGCUUCCCUUCCACUACUCCAGCCAAGGCGAAGGCAACAGCGCGGAAGGUGACCACGCCGGCAGGUUUGAAACGGAGCCCGAGCGCUUCCUCGAUCAGCUCCAUGAGUUCUGUGGCCUCAUCUGUGAGCGGCAAGCCCAGCCGCAGCGGUCUGCUGACGGAGACGUCAUCACGGUACACGCGUAAGAUUUCGGGGACCACCGCGCUGCAGGAGGCGCUGAAGGAGAAGCAGCAGCACAUCGAGCAGCUCCUUGCUGAGCGCGACCUGGAGCGGGCCGAGGUCGCUAAAGCCACCAGCCAAGUAGGAGAAGUGGAGCAGGAGCUCAGCAUUCUCCGAGAAGGUCAAGAACAGUAUGUGGCGGAGAUGGAGGCCAAAAUGGAUCAGCUGCGUGCCCUGGUGGAAGCUGCAGACAGGGACAAGGUGGAGCUUUUGAAUCAGCUAGAGGAAGAGAGGAGAAGAGUGGAGGACCUUCAGUUUCGUGUGGAAGAGGCUUGUAUUACCAAAGGAGACUUGGAGACGCAGACCAGACGGGAGCAUGCCCUCCUUAAGGAGCUCGAGCAAAGUCUGCUCUUUGAAAAGACCAAAGCUGAGAAACUCCAGAGGGAGUUAGAAGACUCUAGGGUUGCUACAGUCUCUGAGAAGUCUCGCAUCCUUGAACUGGAACGGGACCUUGCUUUGAGGGACAAGGAAGUGGCUGCCCUUCGGCAACACUUGGAGGUUGGUCCUGGACAAGGAACUUCCACUGGGGACCCGGCAGCUCCAGUCCUCCAGGAAGAGCUCGGUUUGCUUCGUACCCAGCUCUCCUCUCAAGCUGCUAGCCAUCAGACAGCAUUAGCUGCCUUGCGUACCAAGCUGGAGGCAGAAACAGUGGCACACCGCGAGGCUUUGGCUCAACUCCAGGCCUCUUCGGCGCUUUUAUCAAAAGAUAACGAGCAGCUUCAUGCCCGAUUGGCAGAGGCAGAAAAGGAGAACGCGGAUGCCAUCGAGCUGUGGCAAGCCAAGCUAGCUUCAGCCGUCACGUCUCACCAGCAAGCCAUGGAAGAGCUUAAGGCCUCCUCAGGUACGGGGACCGGAGACUCCGGAGAGCUCGUUAAGCUGCUAGAAACUUUGGAAAGGCUAAAGUUGCAGCACAAAGGACAGCUAGAAGAAAGCCUAGCUAAGCACACUGCCGAAGCCAAGAGGUGGACACAAGAUGUCGAUGAGCUUCGGAAGCAGCUGCAUGCUGUGACGGAGGAGAAGGAGCGUCUGGUGGAAUCUCUCCGCACUAACCUGGAGAGCGCCGAGGAUCAGCACCUGGUCGAGUUGGAGGAAGCUUUGGGCAAGCUGCACAACGCUGAGGUCCGGGUAAAAGAGCUAGAGGAGGACAACUCUAAACUGGGACACCAGGUGGAGGAGAAAGCUCGGGAGGUCCAAGAGCAAAAUGCUCUAAUUCAGACCCUUCGCUCUCACCAGAGCCAAGGUGACCAGGAUAACCAAAGUCUGUUAGCUCGAGUUGAGGAAGCAGAGCGUGAGGCCCGUGUGCAAGAGGGAAAGGUUACUGAGGUGAUGUCCAUGCUGAACAGCAAGCAGAAGGAGCUGGAUGGACUGCAGCAGAACCUGGCCUCACUGCAACAAACCAAGAGCUCGUUGGAGCAAGAGCUUUCUGAUUUGAAAGAAAAAGUUACAGCGUCUUUAGACGAACAGUCGGCGUCCUCACAAGCGGUUCAGAAGUUACAGGAGGCGCUCAGUAAAAAGGAGGAACAAUGCGCGUCUCUUUCCAGCGAAUCCGAAAAGCUCAAGGUUCAGCUUUCUGGUUUGGAGGCAAAGUUGAAAUCCGGUGAAGAGAAGCUUGAGCAGUUAACCAAAGAUAAAGCUAAGCUUGAAGACAACAUCAGCGAGCUGAUAAAGUCAUCCGGAGACAGCUCUACUCAGCUGACCAAGAUGAAUGAAGAUCUCACGCAGAAAGAGAGGAGAUUGGAGGAGCUUCAGAAUCAGCUUUCGGAGCAGAAGGAGUUGAUCGCUCGGUCUGAUGAGAGCAGGAGUCAGGAGCAGGCUCGAGCGAAGAAGGAGAUGAAGGACGCCAAUGAGAGACACCAGGAAGAAGUUUUCAACUUGCGUGAGAAGAUCAAGCAGCUGGAGAAGAAUGUUGAGGAGACUCAAGCUAAGAUCCACGACGCCCAGGCCUCUGGAGAGAAAGCACUUGCCAGUGCCUUACAGAACCAGGCGAAGGAGCUACAGGGUCAGGUUGAAGCAGCACAACAGCAGUGCCGCAUCUCUGAGGAGAAGUGCCAGAAACUUAAAGAAGAGGUGGAGGAGUUGGCGCCCUUUAAGGAAAAGGCUCAGUCUCUCACUACUGAAUUGGCUUGUUCCGUGCAAGGGGCUGAGAAGCUUGCUUCUGAGGUUGGCGAGCUAAGGUUGUUGUCUGAACGUCUGUCUAAGGAAAGGGACGAUGUUCGUGCUCAGAAGGAAAAUGCGGAAAAGCAAAUUGUAGAAUAUGGCACGAAGAUCUCUAGCCUGGAGGAGGUUCGGAAGGAUCUCUCAUCAAAAAAUGAUGAGCUAAAAGCAUCUAAUGAGCAAGUAACGAAUGAAAUUAAGGAACUGUGUUCCACCAAUCAGCAGCUGCAAGAAGAAAAGUCAUCUCUCGACAAUGAGAAAGAACUGCUUUCCAAAGACGUACAGAAUUUAAUACGAGUCCAGGAAGAAAUGAAAGCUGAGAAUGCAAGCCUGAAGGAGACUAAAGCACAGCAAAUUAUUCAAAUAGAAGAUCUUGAAAAGCAUAAAGCGGAGCAACAAGAAGUCCUACUGAAAUAUCAGCAGGAGCUUCAACAUCAUGAGAAAAAUAGUGCUGCGCUGACCCAAGAGCACACCAAGGCCUGUGAGGUUAGGGAUAAGUUUCAGGAGGAGCUUAGAUCUUGCCAGGAGGAGCUGCAGUCCUCUCGAUUGCUGUGUGCACAAAACGAAGAGCUUCAAUCAAAGCUGCAGGCCAAAAAAGAGGAGCUCUCCGCUAGGAAUGCUACGUUGCAGGCAGAAACCGAACUUCUCCGUAAUGAGAAUGAAAAGCUGGGGUCAGAUCUCAAAACUGCCGUUUCCGAUAUGGAAUCUCUUGCGGCUGAAAAAUCAGAACUUCAGAAUCAACUCGAUGCCGUGAAGAUAAAACUAGAGCAGUUCAGCAGGGACAAUGCUGAGCUCCAGGCCUCCAAGAACAGCUUUGCCAGAAUGUUUGAGGAAAUCAAAACUAGCAGGGAAGUCACAGACUCCGAGAGGCUUUUACUCAUGGAAGAGAAGGAAAACCUUCUUGAAACCCAGAGGAAACUGUCUUCUGAAAAGCAGGAGCUUACUAAACAAAUAGAAGUCCUGGUUGAAAAAUUGCGUCUCAGUACAGAAGAAGCCAAAGCUGCCAAUGAGAAGAUCCAUCUCAAUACAGCAGUUUUUGCUCAGGAGAAGCAAACAAUUAACGCAAAGCUUUCAGAGACCAACAAGAUUCUUCAAGCCCUUGAACAGGAAAAAAUCACCUUAAAAUCUGCUCUCGAAAAGCAAAAUAAUGAACAGCAGCACUUGGAACAAAAAUUGAGCAGUUUGAAGAAGAAGUACGAAGAGGAAAAGGCUUCCGUCUUAGCCGAGAAAAAGCAAUCGGAAGCUGACUUAUUAAGUGAGAAGAACAGUCUGAAAUCAGAGCUGGACAAAAUGAAGCAGAUAAACGAGCAGAUGGAUUCAGAGAAGGUGAAACUGCAGCGAGAUCAUGAUGAUUUGCAGAAUCUUCUGCAGAAAAAGAGCUCUGAUGUAGAAUCUCUAGAGAAGUCCAACGUCAGCUUAACUGAACAAAACCAGAAAUUAAAGCUCAACUUGGAUCACAUGAAGGAGGAAUAUACACAAAAUGCUGAUACCUUUGAAAAGGAGAAGAUUUCCCUGAACAGCACGAUAGAGGAGCUCAAGAAGACAAACAGCGAUCUGCUCCAGAAAGUUGAACAUCUCUCAGAUCAGAACAGAUCACUCUCUGACGCCAAAAACACCUUGGAAGCUCAACAACAAGCACUAGAAAUGGAUAAGAAUGAAUUCUCUGUUGUUAAGGAAAAUCUUUCUAAAAAAGUCGAGGAACUGAUGAAUAAGGUCUCCGAAUCCGAAAAAGAAAGAGCCAGCCUUUUGGAGCACAAGUCCAAGCUUGAUGGUGAUCUUGUGGCCAUCAGGACAGAAAAAGAGAAGACAGAAAGGGAACAAGAAUUGCUUAGCAAGAAAGUAGAGCAGUUAUGGAACUCUUUAAAUGACAUGUGUUUGGAGAAGAUAACAAAUUUGCAAAACCUUAACCAGACUUCGGUUUCCAGUUGUCAAAAAGUUGAAGAGAUAUUCGGUGCACUUCAGAAGGUCAGUGAAGAGAAAACCUCUCUUGCCAAAGAAAUUGAGCUUAUAAAGACCCAGCAGAAGAGGAGUGAUGAAGACCGAUCAGAUAUGGCUGUUGCGAAGGAGGUUCUCGCUUCCAAAUUGGCAGAACUGGAGAAGACCACCGCGUGCCUUGUUAAGGAGAAGACUGACAUCCUGGAAUCACAUGCAUCUCUGGAAAGGGAAGUCCUGUCUCUUCGUCAAAGUGUGGAAACUGGUGAAAAGAAGUGCUCCGAAUAUCUAAUUAAAAUUGAAGAACUGAAAAAAUCACAGCUCGAGUUGGAAGCAAAGUUACAAAACCUUCAUAAUGACAACGUUAAGCUGGAGGAGCAACAGCAAGUUGCAGAAAAGCAGGUGACACUUUUAUCCAAAGCCAAGGACGAGAUAGUCUCCAGCCUGGCUGCAGUGCAAGCUGAGAGGGACGCUCUGCAGGCGGAAAAGGAGGAGGCCAACGUUAUGGUGACUCAGCUUGAGGCCCAAAACAAAAGUGCUCUAGCAAAGCAGCUUGAGGCUGCAGCGAGUGCCGGGGACACAGCACAGGCCAUGGACAAACUGACGCAGGAAAAGCUCGCUUUGCAAAAGGAAAAACUAGCGGCGGAGGCUCUCAUCCAGGAGUUUAAAAAUGCCAAAGAAGGCACGCAGAAUCAGCUGGACAAUCUGUCGAAACAGAACUCUGAAUACCAACACGAGCUGAGUAAAGCCAAAGAACAGCUGGGCUCGGAGAAGAAGAGGAUCAGCAGUCUCUAUAAAGAAAUUGAGGAGCUGAAAAAAGCAGCGUGUGAAAACACCCUGGCUGUGGAAGCUGUGAAGCAGGAAAAGGCCAAACUGGCUGAAGAUCUGUCCAGCAGCCAGAAGGAAAAUGACAGCCAGCGAAAACUUAAGGAGCAGUUGACACGUCUCAGAAGUCAGAUGAAGGACAUGGAAAAGAGGGAGCUCGCCCUGAAGAACGAAUCAGACACGGAGAAAUCUUCUUUACAGCAAUCUAUCCAGAAAAACAGUGCCUUGAUCUUGGAAAAGAAUAAAGAGUUGGAAACGCUGAGGAAUGAGGUAUCGGUGCUGCGUAGUGAGAUUUCUGCUGCAAGCACUCUCCAGAGAACUGUGAAAUCUCUGGAAAGCGAUAAAGCUCAGCUGCAAGAGCGAAUGCGCGCUCUGGAGAAGAGCUUAACGGCCGCUCAGACGUCUAGUCCCGCAGCUCAGGCUUCUAGUCCUGCGGACACCCCCACAGCAGGGUCGUCUGCUCUGGACAAGAUGAGAGAGGCGAAGGAAACGGCCGAGUGUCAGGUUGAAUUCCUGAACUCGGUCAUCGUGGAGCUGCAGCACAAGAACGAGGACCUGAAAUCAAAGCUGGAGAAGAUGGCCGAGGCAGCGCUUAACGGAAACACGGCCAGCGAGAUGGACAACCACGAAAGCUUGUCAGAGCCUCAAGCCAAAAAGAAACUGCCACCGCGCCUCUUCUGCGACAUUUGCGACUGUUUUGACCUCCACGACACAGAGGACUGUCCCACGCAGGAGCAGCUGCCUGAUUCGCCUCCUCACACAACCUACCAUGGCAGUGCCAGCGAAGAGAGGCCAUACUGCGAUAUCUGUGAGGUGUUCGGCCACUGGACAGAGUCGUGCAACGACGACCAGACAUUCUAAGUUGGCGAAACCCUUUCGCAAUACCGCACACGCCUUCGACACAUUGCACAAGUGUGGAAAUGUCCAUCUGUUGUGUGUGUGUGUGUGUGUGUGUGUGUGUGUGUGUGUGUGUGUGUGUGUGUGUGUGUGUGUGUGUGCGCAUUCACUCGUUUUCCAUGCCUCGCUACACAGUCCUCAGAUUUAUAACAAUAAAAAGUGUGUCUGGAAUUUAAUGGCUUUAAGUUGUAUUCAUGAAUGGAAAAAAUAUUGAAUUCUUUAACAGACUGUUAAAAGAAAGAUUGCCUCAUCUUUCUUUUUUUUUUUUUUUAAAUCCUUUGUUGAAUUUGUAAUGUGGGUGAUGGAGAUCUUUAGCUUACAGUCGCCAUAAAUUUUCGGACCUGUUCCAAUCACUGCAGCAGGCAUAUCAUUGUCCUGAGUGUUUUGAAAGGAAAGGGCGCUACAAUGCUGAUGCACUUUACUCCAACGUCCUCUUCCCCGAUUUUCAGCUCGAUGAAGAACAAGACGGUUUCGUAAACAGAAUGUAAUUCAAGGUUAUAUUGAUGCAGUUACUUUUUAGUGUUUUUUUUUUGUUGUUGUAUUUUUUUUGGAGAAUAUUAUACAUCUGUACAAAAAAAGAAAUAAAUAUCAUUUAAAUCA